AUGGUGUGGGGGAACGAGAUCGGGAAUCCCCCAGACUGGUGGUGUAGCGUGUUUGGUAUAGCGGACACGAUAGACGACAUUGCCGUGGCAUUCAGUAACUGGACAACCAUUCUGACAUCAGUUUUUACACUAUUUUUCUUUGCCUACUUGAAGCCAUGCGGAGGAAUUCUAGCCGUCUGCAAAAAGAAUUCACAGUUCUUGUGCAAUGAUGAACAACCGACAUUCCUUGUGGGCGCCAAUCAGGCGUGGUUUAACUACGCCACGGGAGACUUCGGAAACCGUCUGUAUUUUACUGUCUCCAUGAUCCCUCUUAAAGCGUAUCUUACCGGACUUAAAGCGGCUGGCGGAAAUUCCAUCAGGUUGUUCCUCCAUAUUGAGGGACAAGGAACCCCACUCUUCGGACCCGGGGGUAUUGUCACGGGGACAGAUCUUCAGCAGUCACUGAUACCAGAACUGAUGGAGUACUUGAAAUUCGCUCACAUGAACCAGAUCUUUGUGUUUAUUUGUCUGUGGAAUGGGGCUUUUGUAACCCCCGUCAACAACGAAAGGCUCCAGGGCUUGAUUAAGGAUGAAAUAAAAUUGCAGAGCUACAUAACAACAGCCCUUACACCGAUAGUGACAGCUGUAAUGAAUGAGCCUGCCUUGGCAGGGUGGGACAUUAUCAAUCAGCCUGAAGGGGUGAUGAAGAGGAAUGUGUCGGAUAAGAAUCCCUGUUGGGAUAACACGUUUCUGGAACUGAAGGCCUCGGGUAGAGCUAUUGGCUGGGCCAAAGAACUGUACACACCUAAGGAAAUCCAAAGAUUCAUCAAUCUUCAAGCGUCUGCAAUUCGUAAACUUUACAAAGCCCAGCAAAAGGAGCCGUUAAUUACUGCCAGUUCCUUCAACAUCAUCACUAACACCUUCCAGUGGAACUGUAAAAACCUGUACCAUGACUACUGUUUGAACAUCUCAGGGGGCGCUGAUGACGGCUAUUUGAGUUUCUGGUCUACACAUUCCUUUGAUAUCAAAAGCGAAGGGCGUUAUGAUGAUUGGGCACCAUUCAAUCACUAUUACACGGAAUACCACAUGGGUGGCGAUCACCUACCUCCCAGACCACUGGUCAUUGCAGGAUUUAAUGAGAAACGAGGGCGCCCCCACUCCAAAUGGGAUAUCGUUAAACAGUUUAACCACCUUUAUUCCAAUGGUUAUUCGGGUGGUUGGACAUGGCAAAUGAACGCACAGGGGUCCGACACGGAUGACUGGAUAACACAGGCGAAAGGGAUUAGUUCCCUGAGAGGAAAAUUUGGGAUAACCGUGGGAAGCUUCGGUGCUCUAAGCAGUCCCCUGGGAUCGUUAAUUCCCAAGGAUAUUAAUAUUACAGCUAAUCCCAUUGGAAAAUAAAUAUUUAGAUUUCUCUUUUU